UCUCCUCGGAAAUGCAAAUGAAAACUGUUGGCCUUGAGUCAAAUAGCCUCGCAUGUACCGCGUAAACUGACGUGCGUGUAUUGUGUAUGACUGUGUCGUAAACUGACGAACUGCAAGCUAAAGCGUUGACUGCCUUGAUAUCUUCAAAGAGCCCUCACGCAGUUCGCGAGUGACAAUGUGGAAAAAGUUAGUGUGCGCGGUGCUAUGGACCUUCCUAAGCUGUGGAAACGGAAGUCUGCGUCGUUCUCGUGAUUUUGGCACGUGGAAAAGCGGUCAUAUCGAUGAUGGAAACGAGAAACUUGUCAACCAUGCAAACACGGAAGAUCUCACCAGAUAUGACAGCUGGAACCAUCAGAUUGCAACGGACAGUGGAAGGUCUAAAAGGCAUGCAAACAAAAGCACGCCGGGCACGAGUGGAAGUUCCUCCUCGGAGUAUCCCAUGCCGCCUGACCUCGUCAAACUGAGAAGCACUUGCGGUAUCGAAUCCCAAAGACGGAUUGCAGGAGGACGAGAAGCCAACUUGACCUACUGGGGCUGGAUCGCGGGCAUCCUUUACAGCGACACACACAAGCAGUACUGCGGUGGAGCCCUCAUCAGUAACCGAUACGUUGUUACAGCUGCACACUGCACUGACGGGAUGACGAUCUUCGACAUGAAAGUUUUACUGGGUGACGGCGACCUCAACAGCACUAAGGGUCAAAUUUUUAACGUCUCGCGGUUACGACAACACAAGGGCUACAAAAGGGACACCCUGGAGAACGACAUUGCUAUUUUACGACUGAAGUGGCCGGCCAAGUUUAACGAGAAUAUUCGUCCUAUUUGCCUGCCAACCAGCAGAGACGAAACAUUCUUUGGCAAAAAGGCCUAUGUAGCUGGAUGGGGACAUCUCUUUCACGGAGGACCUUCGAGUCCAACGUUACUGGAAGCUGAAUUAAGAAUCUGGAACAAUACGGAGUGCCAAGAAGCGUUUCCUCAGCCAAUAACUAACGCCUUCCUGUGCGCGGGAAACAGAGAGGGAGGAGGUGAUUCCUGCCAGGGAGACUCUGGAGGACCCCUGACAGUGAGAUCACAUCAUAAGAAGCAGUGGUUCCUUGUCGGUGUAGUGUCCUGGGGUGUAGGGUGUGGAAGGCCGGGAGUACCAGGCGUUUACACUAGGGUCACACAGUUUCUCGACUACAUUUAUCAGCAUGCUAUUUAACAGGCCAACGACCAUGCACCCAUUAGCGGAUGUGUCGUGUCACACUAGAAACAUGAUUAUCUUGCGGUGGACAUCAGGAAGCAGCGCAAUUGGACAUUCGGCAAACGCUCACCAAAACGUUCUUGCUGCAAUCCUUUUGCAAUGAAACUGCAUUUUCUACUUGAAGCCCUUUUACGUUUUGUGAAAGCGUAUGCUUUUUCGCACUGGUCAGGAGAUCCUAUGAAGCCACAGACUGACCUAACAGUGAUUAGUCCCAGUGACGAGUAAGUUACUCCACAAGAGGAACUAGAAGAAGUUAAGGUACUAUAGAAAGAAUCACUUAUCUUGCGAGCCACUUACGAAGUCAAAAGUUGAAAAUGAACUUGAAGUUCCCGAGUUAGUUCAGACCUUGAUGUCAGAAUGGGAGGUGCAAGAAGUUUGAUAAUACUUUUAAUACAAUAAAAUUAAUUAUGCCAAUAUU